AUGCUUGGAUUCGACGUGAUUGACAUCGUUGCACUUCUCCGCAUGUACAAACUCUAUGUGGAGUCUUUUGAGAUCAAAGAUGUGAAAACCCUUCGAGGCGAGCACUUGUCUCGUGCCAUUGGAAGAUUAUCUGGUAAAAGGGGUAAAACCAAGUUUGCAAUUGAGAACUCUACGAAGACUCGGAUUGUCAUUACAGACACCAAAAUACAUAUACUGGGGUCUUUUGCCAACAUCAAAAUUGCAAGAGAUUCUCUCGAUAGCCUUAUCAUUGGGUCCCCUGCUGGCAAGGGGGAGCUGAACAACGGGGAAAGUGGGCAUAGGAGGCGGUGGAGUCGGGUGAAUAGAUGA